AUGAUGAAACUGGCGGCUGAUACGUUCUAUGUCCAAUGGAUCCCAGGCAAAAAACAUCACGUGGCCGAUGCUCUUUCCAGCUUUCCGCUCUUUGACAUCCAGGAAGAAGAUCAGCAGGACGGACUAGCUCUUUCUGGAUUUGAUUCCAUCCACUUGGCUACAAUUUCUCUCAACUCGGCACCUGAUUCUGCCUUGGCCUCAGUCUCUGAAAUAGCCAAAGGGGAUGUCAACUAUCAGGCGAUUAUCUCCACUCUUCUUUCAGGCCAAUCUCCUAACUCCUUACCUCAGAGUCAUCCGUCUAAAAUGUACUCGAAGCAAUGGAAGGCCUUGUCUUUGACUUACGAUACCAAUUUACUCAUUCUCCAAGGCCAUCGGAUUGUUGUCCCACCCGCUGCCCGCCCCAACAUUCUUCAAGAUCUUCAUAGAGCCCAUUGGGGUAUCCGCCGUACCCGUGCCUUGGCUCGCAGCCUUUCAUUUUGGCCUGGCAUGAAUAAUGAUAUUGAACAAAUCAUCAGUUCAUGUGCCACAUGCCAGGAACACCUGCCAAGCCAACAGGCCGAAACUCUGGUCCAAUCCAAAGCAUCCAGGCCUUUUGAAUCGAUUUUGGUGGAUAUUUUCAACAAUGCAGGUCAACACUAUUUGGUAAUGGUGGACCACUUUUCCGCUUGGCCAUGCGUCGCCCACUUGUCCAGAAUGGACACGCCAGCCAUCAACAGCAUCUUGUAUGAUUGGUUCACAGACAAUGGGAUUCCUCAAGUUCUUCGUUCUGAUGGAGGACCCCAAUUCCGUACCGAAUUUGGAGAGUUUUGCCGCGGUCUAAACAUCGUCCAUGAACUCUCGUCCGCUUACCAUCCCGCCUCCAACGGUCAUGCCGAAUCAGCGGUCAAAGCCAUGAAGGCCCUCUUGCAAAAAUGUAACAAUCAUUGGCAUGAUCUCAGGAUUUCUGCGGACCCGUACUCCCGGCCACCCAUUGACGUACACUCACCUCUCUGA